UAUAAAUAAAGCCCCUUCUUGGUAACGAAUUAUAAGGUGGCCUUGUAUUGUAUUCUUGUCUUGCUGGUGCCAAUUUCCGUUGCUCUCUGUGAGAAGAUAUGGGAAAAUUUUCUAGUAAGUAUGUUGGAAUUAUGGUUGUGGCAUUUGUGUUGGUGCUAGGUUUAGCAGAAUGUCGAAAACUUGAGAAAGAUACCCUUGGAGGUGGUUUAGGAACAGGCGGAGGGGGAGGUUUUGGAGGAGGUGGAGGUGUUGGAGGAGGUGGAGGCCUUGGAGGUGGUGCUGGAGGAGGAAUUGGUGGUGGUGCAGGUGGAGGCCUUGGAGGAGGCAAAGGUGGAGGAUUAGGAGGUGGUGCGGGAGGAGGAAUUGGUGGCGGGGGUGGUGCAGGAGGAGGACUUGGUGGUGGCGCAGGCGGAGGCCUUGGAGGAGGCAAAGGUGGGGGACUAGGAGGUGGUGCAGGAGGAGGAGUUGGUGGUGGUGCGGGCGGAGGCCUUGGAGGAGGCAAUGGUGGGGGACUAGGAGGUGGUGCAGGAGGAGGUGGCGGUGCUGGUGGAGGAUUAGGAGGAGGAGGUGGAGCUGGUGGUGGUGGAGGCGGAGGUCUCGGAGGAGGUUCAGGUGGUGGCAUUGGAGGAGGAGCCGGAUUUGGUGGAGGUGCUGGCGGAGGGUUUGGCGGCGGGCACUAAUUAAUUAAGUAAUGAAAAUCACAGCAACUAGAAUGAAUAAAAAGCAAGAUAUUGCAUCUUUUACUUCUAUGCAAAAUUAUUGUAGCAACUACGUCACAAAAGAAUUAUGUAAUAUAUCCAUUUAAAUGAUGAUUAUAAUUAAUUAUAUUCAGGUAUUAA